AUGGCUCUGUGGACAGGAUUUCCCGCCGGUGUAGGGCUACCACCGCAGUCAGACCUAGUACCAACUAUUCGAAAGCCUUUGAAAUGUCGCGCGAAGAGCGAAGACUUUGAGAGGAAGUUAUCCACUCGUUUCGCCGUGUCAGAUCAGAUUCUAUCCGACGCCGAUGAGGAAGCCGAUGGCGAUCCGCUGCUGCUGAAGAUGCCAUUCGAGAUCCUCCUGGCCAUUUACGACAGUCUAGAACACUCCCCGUCUCAGAUCGCACUGGCAUUGACUUGCAAACGGAUGGCUAUAGUUGCCAGGGACGUUCAUCUGCAUCUUUCACCCACUUCUCCAAAAUAUGCCGGGUUUCUUCCGAAAACCGUCUUCGACGUUCCUGAACUUAUGGCCCAACUUAAACCUUGGAUGCCUGCCGACUUGCGUCUGUGCAAUCACUGCUUGACCAACCGUCCGCGCGAUGAAAAGUACUGGAACGGAAUAGUUGGCUGCGAGAUUAGCAACUUUUGGAUCCAAAAGACUGGCUGGAAUUUCCACGACGCGAGCUGGCAUAAGCAGGUGCAUGAUAUCUGCCCUGCUUGCCACGUCAAUUGCACCUUGAGCGACUAUGUCGAUUGCGACGGUUGUCGAGCCCUGGGUAGACUGGGAGAUAUAGACUGGACCAGAGUCUCAGACUCCUGGCGACGGAGAACAGAGGCGGAACUGCAGGCAGGCCGUUUCGCGACAGGUCCUACCUGA